CUAUAAAAGCAGCUUAAAAUUGAGUCAACCUGACAAAAUUCAAUGAUUCAGCCUUUUCCAUUGCAAUGUGAAGAUUUUUAUUGAGGCGCCAUUGUUUUCAGUUGCUACUUGAACACAUAUUUACCAACAGUUUUCUCAUUUGUUUACCAUUCCAAGUUCAUCAUUUAUCACUCCAGUUUUACUUACUAUUAUCAUUAUUAUUGGUGAUUGUUUACAUCUUGAUCUGUUUAUUGCGUUCACUGUUGAUCCUGGAAAAUCUAUACACAUGAAAUAUGUAUACAUCUUAUGCUAGUUUGUCUUUUUAAUAUUCACGUGAAUCUUUUUUAUUGAUUACUUGUGCAUAACUUAUUUCAUUUGUGUAUACUAUAAAUAAUUAUGGAAAGUGAGUUGCCUGAAUCCAAUAUGAACAAUAAUGGUAAUGAAACUGCCUGUGAAAACUGCAACAACAAUAAUUUUAUUAAUAGCAAUGUCCCCGGUAAUGUAAAUAAGAGUGAGGAGAAAUACUUUGUGGUCGAGUUUACCGGUUUAAUUGAUCGCCUUGCCAUGAAAGAUAAACUUGCCUCAGCCAAAUUCAUCGGCGUUGAAACAAGCGAACCUGUACUUCAAAUUGAUAAUUGUUUUUUCCGUGGACAAUAUCAACAUACCUUGGGUACCAAUGUAAUCUUUGAUCAAAAAGAUAUGAGUUUUGUGGCCAAAACAGAUAAAAAAUUAUUAAUGAAGAGAGUUUUCCUCAAUUAAUACUUUUGAACACAGGAGCAACAAAAAGGAAACACACCAUGAAAAAUUUUUCAUUUCAUUCUUUCUGUCUCUUUCCCUUUAUGCUUUCUCCUUCUUUUUUCCUCUUUCUCUUUCUCUUUCUUUAUUCCCUCUCUUCUCCUCUUUUUCUACUUUCUCACCUUUGAGCCAGCCUGUAUUUUCCUCAUUACAAGAAGUGAUUUCAAUGCUUCCAGUUUCAUGACUAUUCUCUUCUUUUCAACAAGUCAUUUAGUUUGAUUCUAUUACUUGUAAUCAGUCAACCAGUCGCUAUGUAAAACCCGGAUUGUCAUUAAAUCAACUCAUUACCAAUUUUGCUUGGUGAUGGGAUAAAUGUCUGUCAAUAUUUUUUUACUCUUAUUCUUCCAAUGUUUUCUCAACCCUAAUCCUGAUGACCCUUUUUCUGCGUUUAAAACAGAAAGUUGGGCUGGAUAAUGUGUGCUUAGCAAUCUCUCAAAUUUUCCGACUAUAAAUCAACUGCAAUCUCAACGACCAAAUUAAUUUGAAUCUCAUCGCGGAUAGAUUUUCUCUUUAUCCUAUCUUGUAAUUGUUUUGCUGAUCGAAAUGUCUCCUAUGCAUCUUUCAAUCUUUUAAAUACUGUUCAUCUUAAAAUCCGCCACCAUAGUAUUAACCACCAUUACCAAAAUCAUCUUUGUCUUCUAUUUUAUUCUUGAAUGGAAACAACAUCGUUGAACAAUCCGGGAGUUGAUUCAUCACAUUCAUUGGAUUCUCAGUUUGAUUUCAACAAAAAAAAUAUUUAUAUUUGAUGAAUUCUUAAUAUGUUUGUUUUAUUGCGAUACCUAAAAGGUUUGAAAUCUUCACCGCCAAGAUUAAAAUACUAUCAAACGUGUUUUACUUUUGUUAUUGCAUUCCUUUUGGUCUACAAUUUAACCUGGUUUGAUACUGCAUUCAAGGAAGUAUUCGUCUACAGUCGAACUGGGCGUUGGUGUCCUCGAUGUUCGCCGAAAGCAUUCAUUGACCGUGAACUUAUUAACUUAACCGAUCAAUAUAUCAUCAACAAACCGCAUCUUUGUGAAAAUUCAAAGCCUUUGGCAUUUAUUAUGGUAAUUUCAAGUGUACGAUCAAAAAAGCGUCGAGAUCAAAUACGAGCGACAUGGAUGAAAGAUGCUAUGGCGGUAGGAAUGAAAGUCGUAUUCUCAUUGGGAUCUUCAGUGUUUCAUGGCGACAGCACAGAAAUUUUAAUGGAGAAUGAGAUAUAUCAAGAUAUCGUCCAAUUAAGUUUUGUCGAUGAUUGGAGAAAUUUAACUUUAAAGACAAUUGCUAGUCUUUCAUGGUACAAAAAUUAUUGUAGUCAUGCCAAGUACUAUAUUAAAGUGGACGAUGAUGCUGUUAUCAACGUUGACAAUUUGGUUUCUAACUUAGCUACUUUUUCAAAUUCACAUGCCAUUAUUGGACAUCUCCUUAAAUCGAAUGCUCCUUGUUUUGUUUGGUGGAGACAACAACAUUGUAUGCCUCCUGAGCAGCAUUUCAAAUUAGAUUACCUCGAUCGUUAUCCUCCAUACCCUGCUGGCCCCAUGUACGUUAUGACUCAAGCUGCUGUGAUACUUUUAGUUAACCAUGCUAAAUUGACCUCACGAAAAGAUCUAUAUUUCUUAGAAGAUGUGUACAUAACUUUGCUGGCCCGUGAAAUCGGCAUCGAUGUAAUUGAUAAUCCACAAUUUUUAUUCUGCUCUCAACUUAGUGAGCGAAAUUUCCAAGAAAAGGUUGCAAAUGCUAUAGUUAUCUAUGAUUGCUCGUCUAAACAGUUUAAUACUAUUUGGUCGUUAAUCCAACGUAAUUGACAUUCAAGGAAAAAGCUGAGAUUGACAACAAGAAAUUUUGAAAAAUAUAAAUUGCUGUAAAUUGUGGUUGAUCUGAUAAAAACUGGAAAGGAAAAACAUGCCGGAAAACUGUUGACUUUUACUGAUGAGAGCUGCAUCGCCAUUCUUUUGCAUUUUUUCAUCCAUCUCUCGGGCCAUAGAACUAUUCAAAAGAAAAUUUUUCCAUAAAUCAUAUGGACUCUGCUGAUCAAUACACCCUGUCAAGGACUUUUAUUAUCUUCUCGCCUUGGCUCAUUCUUCUGUCUCCAUUGAAUCCUUUUAAUUGUUGAAUUGUAUUUGUGCACCAACGAAACAAAGCAUAAUUUCACACCUCUACUUUGGUGUUAUUUUCGUCUAAUCGAUGAAAUCUUGCUCACCCUCCUUCUCUCUUUUUUUCUCUGCUCAAUAACACAAUUAUUUUUAAUGUUUGUGUUCAUUUAUAAUCUCCCAUGAUCGAUACCGAUUUAUGAAAUGCAACCUUUUUCAUCUCUGCAUUAUUGUGGUCAGAUUAACCCACUCGGUCGAUCAACUCAUAACUCUGACAAACAUUAAUUUAUACGCAAGACAAAAGUUGCCGGUAAUGAUUACAGGAUCAAAAUGACAAACCUAGUCUCAUGAAAAAAUCCCAUUGAACACUCCACUGAAUUUAUUGUACCUUCGUAUCAUGAAUUCCAACCUGGCUUGGAAAAAUUGAUUUUAUGCUAUUUAUUUCAUCAGAAUGGUUAUUAGGAACAAUCACCUGCAUAAUGAUAUUUCUUUUUGCGAACACUGUGAGCUAAUUUUUUAGCUUCUAAUUUCUGUAAAAUUAAUUCUCGAAGAAACGUGAUAUGAAAGAAACACAUAAUAUUUUGAUUGCGUCCCAGAAUCAAUUUCAUUUACUUAAUGAAUUGGUCUCACCUUAUGUAACUAAAUCCUUUUCGGUUUUAUGCCUGUCAACCAAAUAAAGACUAUCACCAAAGAAUUUUUUCUUUAAA